AUGACGCUCUUAUUGUUGCCAAAUGAAUUAUUAUUAUCUAUCACCGAAGUUUUACAAUGCGACAAGGACAUCAACGCGCUUGUCCAGACAAAUGCACGUCUCUACCAUCUCUUGAAUACCUACAUGUACCGGCGGAAUGUACGAACAUCCGAGAGCUCCGCAUUAUUCUGGGCCGCUAAACAUGACAAAGUCACAACAUGUCAAAAGUUACUGAGUGAAGGAGCAAAUGCCUCCGCUAUUACUACGUGUUCUGGGCGUCAAUGGACACCCCUGGCGUUGGCUGCAGAGGCUGGAUCUGGAAAUGUAGCAGAUUUGCUGCUUAGAGAGAAUGGCGUUAACCCCGAUCUCAAGGACGAGUGUGGACAUACCCCUUUGUCUUGGGCCGCUGGAAAUGGGCACACUCUAGUCGCUAGCAUCUUGCUGGAAGAAGGAAAGGCCAAUUGUAAUACCAGAGAUCUUAAUGGGCGGACCCCUUUGUCAUUAGCGGCAGAGAAUGGACACGAAGACAUGGUCCAGUACCUCCUUUCCCAUGAUACAACCCAUCCACAGGCCAGCGAUGGUAACGGGUGGACACCAUUAUCCUGGGCAGCACUUAAUGGGCAUACUAAGGUGGUGAUGAUAUUGCUAGCACAACCGGAUGUUGACGCAGAUGAGACUAGUAGCUCUGGACGAACAGCUUUGUCAUGGGCAGCGUGGAAUGGACAUACGGAGGUUGUUGACCUUCUAUUGAGAAUUCCUCAAGUAAAUCCAGACUCGAAGAGCAAGUUUGGCCGGACCCCAUUAUCGUGGGCUGCUGCAAAUGGACACUACGAGGUGGUCAGACUGCUUUUAUCAACCGGCAAAGUCAAUCCAAAUUCAAGAGAUGAUUAUUACAGACGGAUACCUCUUUCAUGGGCAGCAGAAAAUGGCCAUGAUAAGGUAGUUGAGGUACUUCUUGUUCAUUCUGGGAUUGUGUUUGACUCCCACUGCAUAUGGGGUUUGACACCACUGUCAUACGCAACAGCAAAAAAUCGUUGGACAACUAUCAACCUAUUAGCCGCGGCAUUUACCGAUGAAAGUGCAUACACACAAAAAUCUAGAAACGACUGCAUAUCGAGAAAAUAA